UUAAGUUGACUUCAAUAGUCAGUUCAGUCAAAGUGUCAAUGUUAUGUGAAUAACCAUGGCAGUGGCCGCGUUUUCCGAAGAUGGAAAAUAUUAUUCAUACAUUAGCAAAGAUGGUCGUUUGAGGAUAUGGGAAACAGAGACCAAUAUUCUAAAACAGGAAUACACUCCAGACCUUCAUUUACGUUCGCCACCUGUUUGUUUACAAUGGAUAACUCUUGCGGUUUCAAAUAGUUCUCAAAAAGGCAAAGGCGGUAAACGCAAUUCCAUAUCACAUGAUGAAUCGCAGAGUAUAGCUUUAGGCACUAAGAAUGGAAAGAUUCUGAUAUAUUCAUUAGCACAAGCAAAAGUAGAAACUGUUUUGAGUCUUAAACAAGGAAAUGCAUACAAUUCUUCUAUCAAUGCACUGGACUGGCAAAGGAAAUCAGGCUUAUACAGCUGUAAUAAAUCCAGCUAUUUAUAUCAAUGGGAUUUAAGUAAAGGAAAUGUUAAAUUUAAGUAUAAUGUUACUGUGGAUAAUAAAAAUAAACAGGCAAAUAACAUAAGUGCUAUAAAAAUUAUACCACAUAACCAGGACACAUCAGCUGAUUACAUAAUAACAGCAUCAUGGCAGGUCUGCCUCUGGAGGUUGCACAACGAAGAUGCUACCAUAUUGAGGCACUUGGGACACAACACAACAGCAAAAGCAUUAUUGUCAGUGACCACAUCAAAUGGUUCCAGUUGGCUGAUUGAAGGAUCUCAAAAUGAACGCCUCCUGUCCUUCUGGGACGUGACUAUAACGGAAGAACACGUACCACAGGUCAAUGGUGAAGUCUCUUCACCGAAAAAGAAGCAACGGAAAACGUCCGUAUCCAUAUCGUCCACCCCCAUGUACAGCUUCAUCUUGGAGGACGCUCCGAGUUUCAUAGAUGCAAGCAUGAGGAGUGAGGAUGAGGGGAGCUCGCUGCAGAUUGCAGCGGCCACCAGGAGCGGGGUUGUUCACUAUUAUCGGCAUACGCUCAAUGGAUCAUCAGUGAAACCAAUAAAGCCGUCAGUAACGAUCCAAGUGACGAGCUCCGGGGCGACCCCGUUCCCGCUGCAGUGCUGCCACCUGAGGAGCCAGGACGUACUGGUGGGAUACACCAGUGGGCCUGUCACUCUGUUUGAAAAUGUCACACCGGACCUGAAGUCCAAAACGCAAAUUCUUAUCCGCGCUGAACAAUCGGAGCAGACAAGCAAAGUGGACAAGAGGAAGAAUGAGACCAACGAAGUGAACAAAGUGAGGACUGGGGACACCAAGGACGUGACAUACGUGGAACCGAUGGGCGGGGUCAGCAGGAAACGGCCCGUGCCCGGCGGGAAGAUUGAGAUACCGAUGGAAGCGAGGCUGGAGAACUUGGCGCUGGACCCGAAGAGUCGUAGCAAGUCGGCCGUCAGCCAAAACCUAACCAAACUGCUGAUGCAAGGGCUGCACUCUAAGGAUAAGAAUUUAAUACUAACGGUGCUGUUGAAAGACGAUCCGGCGGUCGCGUCGCAGACCGUGGCGCACCUGCCGCCUGAGUACGUACCUUUACUGCUGGAACAGCUCACCAUCAUGGCCAACAAGAAAACCACUCAAUGCGCGGCGGCGUGCACGUGGGCGGCGGCGGCGCUGCGCGCGCACGCGGCGCUGCUGCUGGCCGCGCGCCGCGCGCCUGCGCACGCGCACCUCGCGCAGCUGCUGGCGUACCUCACGCACAGACGGUCGCACCUGUGCCAGCUAUUAAACCUGAAGGGGCGGCUGGAGCUGGCGAUGGCACAGCGGUCAGCCAAGAACGAUCACAUAGAGGGCCAGGAGGCGAUACUUGAUUACAAUGAUGACUCAUCGUCGGGCGAAGAGAUGGAAGUAGAAAAAUACCAUUCGGAGAGCGAACACACAUGGGACGAUGACAAGUUGCCGGGAGAGUCGGACGACGAGAAAUCAGCAGACAGGAGAUCCGAGCAUUCGGAGCAGAGCGGCAACGAAAUGGAUACUGACUCUGGACAAUCCGACGAGGAUUGACAUGAAAAUAUAUAAAUGUUUAUAACUUUUAAA